UAAAAGCGAAUCUCAGCCUCCGAUUUCAAUUCAGACGCGCACAAUCCAGCGAGUGACAAUUACCCCCAAGCGGAAGUGAAACAACCAAGUGAAUAACUGCGAGCAAGAAGCGGAGACUCAUCUACGUCUAGAAUUGCCGGCAUCUUGCAUAACUGAUAAAUAAGAAAUCCAAACAAAAUGCAGUCCAUGGCCAGACAAUCUGCGCGCGCUCUUCCCCAGAUGGGCAAGCAAGUGAGCUAUCUUUCGACGAGCGGAGCCUGGAGGGCAGCGCCCGGAGGCAAUGAUUUGGUGGUCGAGAUCAAGGAGCCGAAGACCCCCACCGAGAAGCUGAUGGCCUUCCAGAAGAAGCUGCGCGCCAAGACGCCGCUGGGCAAACUGGACGAGUUCUCGCGCCAUCCCUACCAGGAGAAGGAGCCCCUCAAGCCCUGGCCGAACCAGACCAAUCCGUAUACGGGCGAGAUCGGCGGACCCGCUGGACCGGAGCCCACGCGAUACGGCGACUGGGAGCGCAAAGGACGCGUCUCCGAUUUCUAGUCCCCAAAGAGUUCCUUACCUAGUACUUAGGCUGUUAUUUAAAUGUUACCUAUUAAGACUCGAUUUAUGAAAAAAUGUAUACUCGUAGAAAACUAUUGUAUAGUGUACAAAAAAUACAUCAUAAUUUUAAAGCUAAAAA